CUCUCAUUGGAUAUCACUGUCGCUCAUCGCGUCCAGGGGGCCUAUUACGGUUCUUGAAACGAGGUGAAAAUACGAAAAGUGAACUGACUUACUAGAUUUUGACCAAUUCGUCUUAUCAACACUCCGCGUUGAUUGGUUGGUUCUAAAAGUAAGAGCCAAUCAGGUUCGACUGCUACUGAGCGGCUUGGUCUGCUGAACACGACCACACGACCAAUGAAAUCGUAUAAUAUGUGCCCGGGCCUUUAGGGAUUUCAAGCAAUACGAACAAACCUACUGUCACCUGUCAUCUGUCAUCUGUCACCUGUCACGUAGAUUGAAUGCGCAGAAGCGUAAAGUUUUUUCUCUCGAUCUGGCAGCACUGACUGGCACUGAGCCCGCGUAUGUACCAGAUUACCAUCCGCCUGAUCUGCCAUCCACAGUCCGCUAUCCGCUAUCGCCGAUUAUUACUAAACGACGUUUUUGCAACGUCGUGACGUGAGUGGUCGUGACUCCGGAGUCGUGAGUCGUGGUGGUGAAUAUAAAUAUAAAUAUAGACAAUACAAACGCAGUCAUGACGGAAGAGUGGAAGCUGGAUCAUCGCGCGAGAAAGAGGAUCAAGGAGGUGAAAAAGAAGGCUCGACCAGAGCUCGCGGAUAAGGCAGCGUGGAUUCAGCACGGCUACAGUAAGAGAUUCCAAAAGUUUUGGGACGUUCAAGACAAUGCCGAACGAAUCGACGAGUCCAACGUGACUACGGAAGAAUUCGUAGAAAAAUACGAGAAACCUUAUAAGCCUGUGAUAAUACGAGGUGUUCAAAAUGGCUGGAGGGCCCAACACAAAUGGACUAUAGAGAGGCUAGCAAAGAAAUAUCGGAAUCAAAAGUUUAAAUGUGGAGAAGACAAUGAAGGAUAUAGUGUAAAAAUGAAGAUGAAGUACUACGUUCGAUACAUGUUUAAUAAUGAAGAUGAUUCUCCUUUAUACAUUUUUGAUAGCUCAUUUGGUGAACAUCCGAGACGAAAAAAAUUGUUAGAUGAUUAUGUAAUUCCUAAAUACUUUCGAGAUGAUCUUUUUCAUCAUGCCGGGGAACAUCGAAGACCGCCGUAUCGUUGGUUUGUUAUGGGGCCUGCAAGAUCUGGUACAGGGAUACAUAUAGACCCAUUGGGUACCAGUGCGUGGAACGCGUUAAUUUCCGGCCAUAAACGCUGGUGUCUGUUUCCUACGCAUACUCCUCGCGAACUUCUGAAAGUAACCGCAGCCGAAGGUGGGAAACAGAGAGACGAAGCCAUUACGUGGUUUUCCAUUGUCUAUCCACGCACAAAACUACCUACUUGGCCAAAAGAUUGUCGCCCAAUAGAGAUUCUGCAGACGCCUGGUGAGACCGUCUUCAUUCCCGGCGGAUGGUGGCACAUCGUAUUAAAUCUGGACGAAACUAUAGCGGUCACGCAGAAUUUCUGUUCGCGUACCAACUUUCCGGUAGUUUGGCAUAAAACGGUACGAGGAAGACCAAAAUUGUCGCGAAAAUGGUUAAAAGUACUCAACGAUAAAGAACCCGAACUGGCAACCUUAGCAGAAACUAUAGACGUGAAAGAAGAUACCGGUGUUGCCAGUGAUUCAUCGAGCGGUUCUUCGAGUAGCUCUUCGAGCAGUACCAGCAGUAGUCAAUCUGAAGAUAGUGAGGAUGACAGUGGUCAAGAAUCACUUACCGCACACAAAAAGAAAAAGAGAAGAAAAUUGACUAAUAACCAACCCUGACAAUAUCCAGUAUUUGGAACCUACAGAGACCUCAGACUGUACAGUAUUAACCAACAAUUAUUAUUUGUACUAAGAAUAAAUAUUAUAAUUAUUAUACGUACGAUCAUAUCUUUAUGUUCAUAACAAAAUAAAUAUCAGAUAACAUAUAAA